GCACUUGAACGUGUCAUCAAGAAAUUUUUUGUUUGUUUAAUUUUUACCGCGAUAAAAGCCUCCACGUGCUAAAAACAAUAGCAGACUGGUGAUGUCAAUAGAAAUUAGUUACUAUAAAAGCAACCGACUUUGAAGGUAUUGUAUCAGUCACAGUUUUACCCUCAUUUCAAUUCAGUCUUCAGAAAUUUUGAUAGAACUAGGAUUCCGGUAAAGGUUUCAAUGUAUUUCUACAUUGCGUUGCUCAUCGCAGCCAUUGCGGCAACAGCAUCUGCUGUUUAUUACCCACCGUCAGUUCCUUCAUCAGAAGUUGAAGAGUCACAUUAUGCCUACCAAUUGAAGAGCUUCCGGCAAGAACUGGAUGAAUGUGCCGAGUACCUGCAAAUUUCGCCACAAUCCGUGGACAACCUUGUGGCUUACAACUACGUAACGGAUGAUUCGAAUUUGAAGUGUUUAAUUCGAUGUGCCGGUAUUAACGCUGGAUGGUGGGGUGUUGGAGGUAAUUAUUCCGGACUGCACGCCCCUGUUAUCGAAAGCUACUUCCAGCCAGCUUGUGACGAUACCUGUUAUGCUAAACGUACUAAGGAAUGUUUGGAUUCUAAAGUGAUCAAAUGUCAAGACGAUUGCUCUCAGGCAUAUGAAUCGUUCUUGUGCUACUACCACCAGUAUGGAAACCUCAAGAGUUCCGAAGAAUACAUCCCACUGCCGCAGUUGGAUGCCAUCCAGGCUGCCAUUGAUUGUAUACUUAUUCUGCGUACGCCGUCAGAACUGCUUGAGCAAUACAGCCAGGGAGUUUUCCCAGCGGCUCCUGAAACUCAAUGUUUGUACCGUUGCCAAUACAUAGCCGAAGGACUUUACGAUGGAGUUACAAUCAACUUGACUCGUAUCUAUAUUCGUAAUUGGUAUGCGGAAAAUCCAACACCGAUAAAAAGCCCGGAAACUCAGGCAUGUAUAGAUUCUGCAUUGAAUGACAAUGCUUGCAACGAAUGCGCUCGAGUCUACAAAGCUAGUUCUUGCACUGAUAAUUAUGCUAAUCCUCAUCAUACAUCUGCGAUUUUGGAAGCUGCCUCAAAAUUGGUUUUGUCUCAAAAAACUUGCAACGAUGAAGACCUGUCUCCCAGAUACAACGCAGGAACUCCUGAACCAACACCAUGUUCAACACCGGCCCCAACCCCCGCUCCUACUCCAUGUCCAUCAUCAACUUCCACUCCCGCUCCAACUCCCGCUCCUACUCCAGGUUGCAUGUAUAACUGUGGAUCAUAA